CAUCAUUUUUAAUCUUAUUUUUUUUUCAAUAUGAAAACUGAAAACCGUUAGGAAGGUAGUGCUCGUUUGCCUUAAUGUCACAAUGUCGCGUCACGUUGAAGGUGUGUUAAUGCGCCAUGAAAAGGAAGAAGGCAUAACUGCUGAUUCGGACAGGAAACCGAGAAAUAGGAAAUAUAUCGCAUGUGGAUUGCUCUCCGGAGUUAUCACCAAGACAAUAUGCGCUCCGUUUGAUCGCAUUCGUUUGUUGUACCAAAUACAGCCCAUGUUUGCUCAAAUAAACAAACCUGGUUCGUCACCAUGCGGAGCAUUGAAGUAUCAGGGUGUAAUACGUACUGCACAAAAAAUUAUACACGAAGAAGGUGUUAGAGGAUUGUGGCGUGGUAACCUAAUGAAUACAACUCGUGGCGGGAUUUGCUAUGCUACUAAAUUCGGGAUAAACGACGAAGCCAAAGAGUUAAUUCAAAAUCUGACGUUUAUUAAAGAUGGAGUUAAGCUAUCCCUAAUUUCUGGUGCGGUUGCCGGGGUCCUUCAGAAAUCAAUGUCCUACCCUUUAGAUGUCAUGAGUGUACGCAUGACUCUGGGAGUUAACACACAAGUCCUUAGUUCUAACUGCACGUAUAACAGCAUACCAGACUGUUUUUUAAAGAUUAUGCGAUCAGAAGGCAUCAGGGGAUUUUUCAAAGGGUUUCUUCCCACGCUUUGCACGGGGGCUCCAUAUGUUGCCUUACAGAUGACUUUUUUUGACUUUUAUAAGCACCAUUUCAUGAUGACAUUCUCUUUAGAUAAGGAAAAUCUCAAUUUAAAGCAGGUUGCUUUCAUAUCUACUAUUGCUGGUUCUGCUGCUGGCUUCUCUGCCCUUUCAAUCGUAUUUCCUGGCGAUACAGUACGGAAAAGAAUGAUGAAUAAUGCCAUUUCAAAUGAGAAUCAAUUGUAUAGGAAUGCUAGACACUGUGUGAAAUCGAUCUUCAAAAGUGAAGGUAUAUUGGCCUUUUACCACGGAAUGUUUCCAUCACUGCUCAAAUCGCUACCUUCCGGAGCAGUACAAUUUGUGACGUACGAAGUUUUGAAACACUUACUAAGGCAACCAUAGCAUGUAAUAAUAACUACACACAUGUUACACAUGAACAUAAC